CCGCAGUCGAAAGUCGGUCAGGCGCAGGCGCAGCCCAUUUUGCUACUCCAUCGGCAGACGAGUGAGCGAAUCGCUCCGCCGCCAUCAUGUCCUCCCAAAACGAAGCGAACGAUGCGGAGAAGAACAUCGAGAUAUGGAAGGUGAAGAAGCUCAUCAAAAGAUUGGAGCAGGCGCGAGGAAACGGCACCAGCAUGAUCAGCUUGAUCAUUCCACCGAAAGAUCAGGUUUCGCGAGCCGCGAAGAUGUUGGCUGAAGAGUUCGGAACUGCCUCCAACAUCAAAUCCCGAGUCAACCGUCUUUCCGUCCUUUCCGCCAUUACCUCCACACAGCAGCGUCUCAAGCUGUACUCGAAAGUCCCUCCGAACGGCCUGGUGGUCUACUGUGGUGAAAUCAUCACCAGCGAAGGAAAAGAGCGAAAGAUAAAUAUCGACUUCGAACCAUUCAAGCCGAUCAACACCUCCUUAUAUCUCUGUGACAACAAGUUCCACACCGAGGCGCUUAGUGAGCUCUUGGAGUCCGACCAGAAGUUCGGAUUUAUCAUCAUGGACGGUAACGGAGCCCUCUUCGGUACACUCUCCGGAAACACCAGAGAUGUCAUUCAAAAGUUCAGCGUAGAUCUGCCCAAGAAGCACGGUCGUGGUGGUCAAUCUGCCUUGCGUUUCGCACGUCUGCGAGAAGAGAAGCGUCACAACUACGUCCGAAAGGUUGCCGAGUUGGCCGUGCAGAACUUCAUCACUGCCGAUAAGGUCAACGUGGCAGGUCUCAUCCUUGCUGGAUCGGCUGACUUCAAGAACGAUCUGAAUCAGUCUGAUUUGUUCGACCAGCGUCUUCAAGCCAAGGUCAUCAAGGUUGUUGAUGUAUCCUACGGUGGUGAGAACGGCUUCAACCAGGCCAUUGAGCUUUCUUCCGAGACUCUGUCCAACGUCAAGUUCAUUCAGGAGAAGAAGCUGAUCAACAAGUACUUCGAUGAGAUCAGCCAGGACAGCGGAAAGGUCUGCUACGGUAUUGAAGAUACUUUGAAGGCACUCGAGGCCGGAGCUUGCGAGACUUUGAUCGUCUACGAGAACUUGGAAAUGACUCGUUGGAUUCUCAAGAACAGCGAAGGCGGCGAAGUUAUCCUUCACACUACCAAGGAGCAGGAGAAAGAUCGCUCCAUUUUCAUGGACAAGGAUACUGGCCAGGAAAUGGACGUGGUCGAUUCGCAGGCAUUCUUGGAAUGGCUUGCCGAAAAGUACCGCGACUUUGGUGCUACUUUGGAAUUCGUCUCUGACCGCUCCUCAGAAGGCAACCAGUUCGUACGCGGAUUCGGUGGUAUUGGCGCCAUUCUCCGCUACAAGCUCAACUUUGAGCAACUCAACGCAGAUGAUGACGAAGAUGAGUUCUACGACGAUUGACCCUUGGAAACUCUCGCACAUGGCGAGGCGCUACGCGGUGAUGAAAUGACGCCGUUGAAGACCAACACGGUGCCUCCCAUGCAGCCCUUAGCGCAGGCUGCACCUGCUACUGCUCCAGCAGCCAACGGAGCAGAAGCGGAAGAAAAGGCGAAGGAGCCGAAGAUUGUGAGCAAGAAGCCCGCUUCGUUUGCUCAAAAGGUCAUCGCCAAGCAGAGUGCUUCAGCAGCGAAGAACACUAGCCACCGACCAAAUGUCUCUUCGCCACUGAGAGCGGGCAUCACAAUUUGACAUGCCGCGUCGACGACGAACAUCGACAUGCUCGUGUGCGGCCAUCCGACACAGGCCAUGACGGCCUUUUGCAAGGACGCACAGCAUGCUGAUGCCAAGUAAGCAAAGGCAUAAAGUGUGAUGAUGGAAUAUACGUCACAACAACAUGAUUCUGGAACUACAUGUAUGAUUGGUUGCGCUGCUUCAGUGAUUUCAAUUGAGCAAGAGACACUCGUUAAGAGAAAUGCUUUGGUCGACAUAGUGGAGGAGGAUAAGGGAUGCAUCAGACUGCGGAAUAUAGCUCGUCGAACUCAAUACACUCUUUCAAUG